AGAAACGCGGCGACACACGCCCGCCCCCCAAACCCGAAUCGCCUAGACAAGAUACAAUACACUAGGCUCCACCGGACUUUCUCGCGCUGACAUCUACAUGCGAACCGUCUCUUCCUCUAGCGGGCCGGUCGUCUUGAUCCCUGCUGCUUCCUUUCUCUCCUUUUCGAUUGGAACUAGAUGCAGCUGAAGCAGCUUACAUGGCUGGGUCCCGCAGGAGUCCGGUGUUGAGAGACGAGUGGAAGGCCACCAGCGACACUAGAGAUCAGAGAGAUCGGGAGAGGAAUCACCGCCCUCGUGGUUCAUAUCGUGGGGGUAGGGACAAAUUUCGCGAUCGGGAGCCUCGUCGCCGGCCUAAGGAGGGCAGACCGGAUUAUUCGCUACGGUCGCCGCCACCGCGUUCUCAUCCUCCUUACGACCACGAUUCACGUCCGCACCGCGAGUUUUCACCUCCUAUCUCUCGCCGUGGCUCAUCUGGCUUUCCACCCCCUGACGCUUACCCUGGCCACCAGUCAGACCGUCACCGUUCACCCCAACCUGUGGAUCGACCUGAUUCGCAAUCACAUCGAUCGGUAGAAACGGAGAGACCUGUCAGUAAAGACCACCGAAGAAACGACUCUCCAUCUGCACCACCCCCUUCAAAACGCAAGAGGACACGGAGUCCUUCGCCUGGCGGGUUCCACCCGCCUUCGAACCGACCAGGACAUCGCCGUCCUUCGUUCAAUCCGAACGACGAGCUGGACAGGGGGUAUCCUCCGACCAGGCGAGGCCGUUUCCCAGGUCGCGGCGGCAGUAGAGCUGGCCGGAGGCUUUCACCACGGCGAGGAAGGGAACGUCGUAAGGCCGGGGGCGGCCGCCCGAUUUCCCCACCGAGACGCUCCCGGUCGCCUGUACGCGGAGGAAAGCCAUACUCACACCCUCGGCGACGACCGCACAGCCCGUCGUUUGAAGACGAGCAGGAGGACGAACGCCGCUACCGCUCAGUAUCGCGUCAUUCGACUCAGUCUGUCGUCUCAAGAUUCUCCGGAGCCUCCCGACGGAAUUCAAUAGCCGAACCCAUGAUGGACUCGAUGAGGCCAAGCCGUGCCUCACGGGGUGAUUCACUAAGGUCUCCUUCUCCUCGCCGAGACAUUCCAAUUGCUGAUGUCAAUGCUGCCCGUGGGUCUGCGGAAGGAGAAGCUACACGCGAUUCGGCUCGGGCAAUGCUAAUGUCUGAUACUCCCAAGCACCAGCGGCAGAGAACCUCUCGGCCAUUUGCUGAUGAUCCUCAUCAUCCACAAUCAACCCACAAUGCGGUGUCUUCUAACUCCCAUCCUGAUUCUACAUCUCCAUAUUCGAAGGAUCGCAGUGGUUGGAAUGGGCAACAGCCAUCAUACCAAAAUUCCCAUGGUCGCUCUCCUCAACGACAGGAUGACUUCCCCACAGGAAACUCGCAGUACCAGUAUCGCCAUUCUUCACAUAGCCGUGGCCCGUCACCCUCCGAUGCCCCAACCUAUCGCGGUGAGAAAUCGGGGUAUCGAGGCGAUCAUCCAGGAAGCAUAGAAGGGUCUUCACCCCGAGGAAGAAGUAAUUUCAGCAAAUCUCACUGGAAUACACCGACCUCUCGAGGCCAAGGUGAUCCGUCAAACCCUAAUGAAUCGUACGGACGGUCGUCACAGAGUCCCCCACCCAAGCCAGCAGAUGGCCAGACAAGGUCCGGCGCCAACGAUGAUGGUGAUCAAUAUGGACGUUCAAGACAUGAACCACGAGGAGAUAUAGAGAGGCCCAGAGGAGAUUCUGACAAUGAUGAUUCUCAGAGAAACCCGCCCCUGGGGAUGCAAACAUCUGCUGCUUCGGCGACCCCAAACAAGGGUGGCAAAAUAAGCUUCGCUUUCAAAGCGAAAACUGCGCCAGCUCCAGCUCCCAAGCCCGUUCCCGAUUUGGCUCAGAGGAUGUUGGCCCGAGAGCCACCUCCGCGUGCCGCCGAGCCGCCUCCACGCAGCAGGAUGCCUGUCGGCCCACCACCAAAGUUCAAACCCGAAUCUCGCUUUGAUCGCCGUGAGCGUGAGCGCGAGCGUGAGCGCGACCGCGACCGCGACCGGCGUGAUCGCGACCGAGACCGUGCGCGAAACGACAGAAGGGACUUCCGAGACUCGCGCAACUAUCGCGACACGCGAGAACCUCGAGGACCUCGAGAGCCCCGGAGUAUGCGCGAAGCCCGACGGGACGACCGUCGCUUCGAUCCGCCUCGUAAUGAGAGACCACGAGGAGAUAGGAGACAAGACUUCCGUCCUGACCGUCGUCCCGAACGUUCUCCGGAGCCGCGAAAGCAAACCAAGAUCAUGACCCGAAUCAAGCCACGCCCGGUUCUUUCCGAGGAGUUCGCCAACUCGGACUCCGUAUACUAUCGGAAGCCGGGUAAUGAGUCCGUCAUUGGUGCAGGAACUUACGGUAAGGUCUUCAAAGCGAUUCAUGUCUACACACAGCGGAAGGUUGCCCUCAAGAAAAUCAGGAUGGAGGGUGAGAAGGACGGCUUCCCCGUGACUGCCGUUCGGGAGAUCAAGUUGCUCCAACAUCUCCGCAACCAUAACGUCGUCAGCUUGUUGGAAGUUAUGGUCGAGAAAAACGAGUGUUUCAUGGUGUUUGAAUACCUCUCGCACGACCUAACGGGUCUGAUCAAUCACCCUAGCUUCGCACUUACUGAAGCCCACAAGAAGGACUUGGCCAAGCAGAUGUUUGAAGGCUUGAACUAUCUUCACCACCGGGGCGUCAUGCACCGUGAUAUCAAGGCGGCCAACAUCUUGAUCAGCAACCGGGGCCAGUUGAAGUAUGCCGAUUUUGGCUUAGCACGGUUCUUCUCCAAGAGUCGUCAACUAGAUUAUACCAACCGUGUCAUUACCAUCUGGUAUCGACCGCCGGAGCUUCUACUUGGCGAAACCCGGUACGGCCCGGCGGUCGAUGUCUGGAGUGCGGCCUGUGUUUAUGUUGAGAUGUUCACAAAGAAGGCUGUUUUUCCGGGCGAAGGAGGAGAGAUCAGUCAACUCGACAAGCUAUAUAAUUGCCUUGGCACCCCAAAUCGUGCCGAAUGGCCAGACUUGGUUGAGAUGCCUUGGUUCGAGCUCAUGCGGCCCACCGAGCGAAGGAAGAGAAUUUUCGAGGAAGUCUACAGCGAAAUCCUCUCGCCAGCGGCUCUCGACCUUAUAUCUCAAGUCUUCCGUUACGACCCUGCGAAGCGACCGACCGCCGAGGAAAUAUUGGCACAUCCGUACUUUACCUCGGAGGAGCCAAGGCCUCAGCAAGCUAUCGAGCUGGAGAACAAUGCAGGUGAUUGGCAUGAAUUCGAGUCGAAGGCUCUUCGCAGAGAAAAGGACAAAGAGCGCCGUACGGCGGAAUACCAGAGGGACAAAGAAAAGCGCAAGGUAGCUCCUCUGGCGCCUCAGAGCGACCGGGACACUAAGCGCAUCAAGGCAGAUGCAGCCGACCGCCAGGCGGAAUCCGCGCAACAUGCCGAGUAAAAGGUUGUUGCAUCACAUAAUGAUUGGCUCGGGGAGCUACAUAGCGCUUUAUCCCUGUGCAGGAGACACGAUCUUGAUGUUCCCAUAUUUACGAAUGUCCUUUUUUCCAUCAUAUUUGUGC